GAACAAAUUCAGACUUGUCUUUUAACCAAAAAGUAUCCAUUGAUCGAUGAUGAAGAAGGAUUGAACAUCAAUCUCACUUGCAUCAAUGACUUCUUCUUCUGCAGGCGGAAGUCAAGCCAACGGAUCGUCAAGGUCGAGGCAAUAUGGGGAAACAAGAGAAUCAAUACAAUCCCCUUCUCGUGUCUUAAGCCCAGCUCUGUCUGAUGCAGAUUCAUCUACCAGCAGUACGGCAACGGGAAGGAGAGAUUCAGUGAAUACCUCAAGAAAGCUGGGAAACCUUCAGGGAGCAGGAUUGAGUUCACUCAGCCUUGCACUUGGUGCUGAUCAUGGUUAUACAGCCGGAUCAAGCCUUGUCGGAUUUAAUGCGAUUUCCACUUUGCUCAACAAUCCAAACAAAGUAUCAAGACCGAUCGACCCUUCUUCUUCGCGGUAUCCUUCUAUCAGUCAAUCACAUACCGAUAUACCAAAAGUCAAAAGAAGUGACUAUGAAAGUACGAUCAAUAGCCUCAAAUCUGAAUGGGAUCGAUAUCAGCGUAAUCAAAAAUUAGGAAUACGCGGAGACGUCUCGGUGAUCGAUGACGCACCAUCUACGACAAAAGGAAGGCAAUCUGUCGAUGACGAAGAAGUGUCGAGAAGAGCAUUGGGUAAGAAGCGCCUUCCUCCUCUAAGCACGGUGCCUCAAGUAUUCUUCUCGGAAGAGUUCGAUCUUGGAAAUCCGUACACAUUCGACUUAGUCACAGAACGUUACAAAGCUGCUUCAUCGACAUCAUCUGGAAAUGCAAGCAGGAAUGGUUCCAUCGCAACAGGAUACGAUGUGGCUUUAAAUCAAAUGCUCCAAGAGAAAUUGUCAUAUUACAGCGAUGUUGUCGAACAGCAUCUGAUCCUUGAAAUCUCUGCACGCUCUUCUUCCUUCUUUGCUGCGUUAGGGAAUCUCAAAGAUCUAGAGGCCGAAUCUCGAAGUUGUUUGGACAAGGUUGAAGAGCUCAGAAGAGAAUUAGAUGAUAGAGAUGAAGGCAUUGCGAAAGCGGGACUUUCAUUGAUACGAGAGCAAGCCAAACGGAGGGAGACUGUUGAACGCUUAGAGGCUGUCGGACUCAUGAACCAACUAUGUGAGAAACGUGACUUGUGUCAAUUACUCGUCCAGAAUAACGAAUGGAGCGAAGCAUUGGACGUUAUGCAAGAUCUGCAAAAUGUGAUCCAAGGCAAGACCAAGCUAUUACCACGUCCUACAGAUGGCGCUCAGAAUAACAGUGCAAUCCCACCUCAUGUCGAAAUAGAGUUCGAAAAUGUUGUCGCUGUGCAAGCUCUUGGUCCACAACUAGAGGAAAUGCAAAACAACAUCUCUUCACAACUUGAAGUGGAACUCUUGAACAUCCUGUUAACCGAUCUGACGGAUCGCGUAGGAAAGCCGGUCGAAGAUACUGCUGCUAAGCCGAGCAAUAUUGACCCUUCUGCACUGUCUAAACGCAUAGAAGCACACAUCGGUGGCUUGGUCCGUACAGGUGGCAUGGAUCGCUUGAUGACAGCAUACAAAGACGCCAUCUUGAGAGAGGCACGCAAGAUCAUGCGAACCUUCUUGUGCGAUGCUCAGCUACCUAGCUUGAAUGGAUCUACGAACGAAAAGCCAGAAUGGCUCAAUCAUCUUGCAACUUUGAUCGAAGAUGAUGAAGCUGCUCAAGGUAAAGCGGAUGCAAAAUUGGGACCGGGUGGCUUGGAGGCAGCACAGAAGCUACAAAAUAUGGAGCAUACCCAAUUCCUUGGUCUGCUGCGUACUCUUUUGCGUGGAUUGACAGCGUUUGUAAGCGGAGUGGAUUCACAGCGUCGUGUGCUAGUUCAUAUAUUGGAUAAACAAGCUAGAUCAAAGGACAAUGAAUCUAGCACUGGUACAAACGGAGAAGCACAAAUUGAGAUUGUGAUGCCGAACGGAGUGUCUCCUUCGUUGCCAAAUACUUUGACGGGUAUCAUCACAGAAGCAUGCUCUGCUACCCACAUUCUUGCUUCACGUUUCUUAUCGCUGCGAUCAUUGACUCAUACCGUCUUGCCCUUGCGGCAAUUCCUUGGCGUUUUCCAUCUUGCUUGGACGUUCAUCUUGGAAUCUGAAGGUAUUUGUGGAAGAAUGAUUGUCGGUUUACGAGGAGUUGUGUUGAAUCAAGCAAAAGCGUGGCUUGGUAACUUUCACAAAGUACGUAUUGAAAAGGCGGCAAAAGCUGUCGAAGAAGAGCAAUGGGGACAGGCAGACGUACUGCCCAGACAACAAAGUGAGAUCACGUUGGUCAUUGAAAGUGCAACAUCCGAUCCACCAAGCUUCGUUGUAGGUAAGGAAUCGAUUCAAGGCGAGGCAUCAGCUGAAAAGGAAAGUGGCGAAAACAAGGAUAGCGAACCAAAGAUGAAAUCGGUAACGAUUGAAGAUAAGCAAUUCUUUGUUGUAUCUGCAAGCUUGGAUGUUCUUGACAUGUUGGUAGAGUAUCUGCAAGUGAUCAUUAAUUUGCCUUUACUCAGUACGGAGAUCAUGGGUCGUGUUGUGGAAUUUUUGAAACAAUUCAACUCACGUACUUGUCAAGUCGUUCUCGGUGCAGGUGCUAUGCGAUCUGCUGGAUUGAAGAACAUCACUGCAAAGCACCUUGCUCUUGCCUCUCAAUCUCUUUCGAUUAUGAUUUUGCUCAUUCCCUACAUUCGUGAAGCGGUACGCAGACACUUGAAUGCUCGACAAGCAGUCAUGUUGGUUGAAUUCGAUAAGCUCAAAAGGGAUUAUCAAGAACAUCAAUUUGAGAUUCAUUCGAAAUUGGUCGCCAUUAUGAGCGAUAGAUUGACUGUACAUUGCAGAUCCCUGUCGAGCAUUGAAUGGGCAGCUUCAAUAGAAGGCGAUGGUCCCGUAGGUGCUGUCAAGCCAAUGAUGGAUUUGGUCAAGGAGACGACAACCUUACACAAAGUGUUGUGCAAAUACCUUCAACCAAGUGUUGUAGAAGCUGUGAUUGGACAAGUACUUGUUUCUAUUGAUAAAAGGAUAGCUGCAGAGUUUCGCAAGAUUGAAACGCAUGAUGAGAAUAGUACCAAACGGGUUAAAGCUGUGAGGGAUCAUUUCAAUGAAAAGUUUGGAACGCUUAAGCACGUU